AUGACCGAGGGUCACGUAAACCCGUGUAUCGGUAUUGCGAAGCAAUUGUUAGCCGACGGACACCGCGUGUUGUUUACGGCAAACGGUGUCUGGCAAACAAAACUGGCCGCUUAUGGCAUCGAAACGGUAGAGUUGGCCAAACCUAACACAACGGAUGAUAUGGACAGCAGCGCACAAUUUAUGAUCUCUUUGGGUAAAAUUGGCGGCGCGUCGCCCAUAGAGAAGGCCCGACACGAGUCAUUCAGUGCGGAGUUUUGGACAAAACACGCCCAGUAUUUGGACACACAAUUACAGAUACUAUUGGCCGCCAUUCGGCCCGAUGUCAUAGUUGUGGAUCAGUUGGUGACACUGCCAUCAGUGGUGUUGUCGGGCAUACCGUGUGUGUGGUGUUGGAGUGUCGGCCCUCUCGUGAUGGUCGACGAUGAGAGGACACCGCCCGGGGAAUCGGGACUGUCCGCUACGGGAGACCCGAGACUGUGGCACGAGUUGCGCCAAUUGGCUAGAGAUGUGAAGAUAGAGAAGUGGCGGGCGUUUAACGAUUGGGUGGUCGGCCGGGGCUGCGAACCACUGCCCGAACACCGCUUUUAUAACCCGUCGCGUUAUCUUCAUAUAUACGGCUAUCCCUUGGAGUUGGACUAUCAGGACAUCCGUCCGUUAGGACGCAAUUAUGUCCGCUUUGAUAAUUUUAAGCGCACCGAACGGCACAUGACAUUCGCUGUGCCGCCAGAGUUGGCCGCAAAACCCGGAAAGUUGGUCUACUUAUCGUUC